CAGAAAACGGACUAUUAGGUGUGAAUGCACCCUAAAACACCUAAUAGUUUAGAACUGUGUAAGCGGUGUAUGCUUCAGGCACAUAAUCAAUCACAAAAGGAUGACCUCAAACCCUCCCUCAGUUGUCCACAGACCCACAUAUGUGCAGAGACAGGUUUUCCUGGACCAACAGCUGCUCAGAGAGCCAGAGCUGGAGAGAGAAAGGGAUGGAUGUACAGAGGGAGAACCUGUCCACCAUCAGGUGUACCCUUACCCAGAGCCAGUUAGUGUUGAGGAAGAACCUGAGGCGGAGACAGACACAGACGGGGAAAUGGUGGAGCAGCUGGACGACCUUCGGCUGUCAGAAAGAGAAACGGAUCAUCAGAUCAGCACCAUGGCUGUCAACCUCAAAGUGAGCUGGGAGCUGCUGCAGCAGGCCAGCAGGAGCCUGGACACAGUGGAGCAACACAUAGAGGAGGACCCACUGGACCAACUGCUCAGAGAUGCUCCAUCUGAUAUCCAAACAGACUCCUCCUCCAACUAUUCAGGAGUCAGUUCGGCUGUUGGACCACCUUCAAAGAAGUACAGUGUGAUACCUCAGGGAGGAGAGGAUUGGGGGAAGAGCCUGGAGGCCCAGCUCCUGAGCAGAGAGUGGGAACUGCUGAGCCAGGAAGACCUGUCUUUAUGGCUCAGUAACUACCCCCUUAAAGAGCAUCAGGAAGAGGAGGGUGGGUCCUCAGACCACUACAUGACAGUGGCUGCUGAUCUCAGCACAGAGGAGCAGAGCCACUACAUGUCAGCUGUGGACGGCAGCCUUCCCUAUAUCAUUUCUGGGAACAAGCAGCAGACAUCCAGUUCAGAAGAAGAUGCAGAUGUUACUGUGGAAGUGUGCAAGCCUGCACCUAGGGAGAGUCGCCUGCAGGAUACUCACAACACUCACGAUGAAAACAACUUUGAGAAAAUAGACACUGAUCCAGAUGUCAGUGGAACACUGGCUCAAUGUACACCCAAAACUAACAUUCUCCCAUCAGCACCGCUCCAACACAUGCCUCGGAUGAUCCAUGCUAACAAGGCUCAGUUAGACAUGGCUCUGCUAGCUGAACUCUCCAGCAUCAAAGCCUCUCCAGCUCCGGCUCAGGAGAAGCUCUGCAGUAUCUCUGUCAGCGGACGCGGCCCCCCCUGUAACAGUACCCCACGUAGCCCAGACGUACGCCGACGUGUGAUGACAGGUUUCAUUGAGGCCAAUCUCCAAGACUCCCCUGUGUGCGACCCCCCCACCCCUGUGUAUCAGCAGUCUGAGAGCUUCACCACACCAAGAGACACCUCAGUAGACUCUGACAGCAGUCUCCAGGGCUUCUUCACCACAUGCCAGGAGGAAGAGGUGUCAGAGACUGCCUCUACUGUGGAAGGAGAGGGAAUGGUAGAACAGGAGGAAGGAGAGGGAGAAGAAGCUUCUGAUCAGACGGAGGAGAGUCAGGAGGAAGUGGGUCCAACAGGUGUACCAGUGGAGGAAGAGGAGGAGGAGGGCAGGGCGGAGGAGGAGGAAAUGGAGGAAGGAUUACAGAUGGUCAAGGAGUGCACUGAAGGAGAAGAAAACAUGGAAGCGGAGGAAGGAAAAAGUAAUGAUGAAGAAGGUAGUGAGGAGGAAGAGCAUGACUGUUGUGACCCACAGAGAGCUGUGGGGUCAGAAGUGAUGGAGGAGGAUGAAGAAGAAGACAUUGAUGACAGGAAGGAAAUUGCAGGCAAUGUUGAAGAAGGAGGAGACAACGUGUUGAUGAAGAUCCGUGAGCUCGCUGCUGACCCAGUGGCUGCCCCCCAUCAGAUAGAGCUCAGGGUGUCUCCAGGCUCACAGAGUCCCAGCGUCUUUGAUGACACCAACAGAGCCCAUUCAACACUAGAUGACGUGCUGCAGGGCUAUUUAGAGGAGGGCACCACAAAGAGCCCAGUUGCAAGUAAAAGUGUCACCAAAUUGUGA